AUGAUUUCAUCAGCGUUCACAGCAUCUCAAAGUCCAACCGAUUUGCUUGUACCUUCCUUGAAUGAUUAUGACAAAGGGCCUGUCAUCGCAAUUAUCGGAGUAGGCUAUGUCGGAGAACAUCUUAUGGAAGUGUUCUCUUCCACUUUUCAGGUCAUUGGCUACGAUAUAUCGACUCCGCGUAUAGAGAGACUGCGUUCGAAGUAUUCUUCGAAACGCCAUACCAAGCUCUCAAACGAUGAGAGAGACUUGAAAGAUGCGUCUCACUUUCUCGUCUGCGUACCGACAACCGUAGGAGUGGACGGCAAGGUUGACUCCUCACACAUUUGCAGCGCAAUAGCCAUGCUCCAGAACUAUGUGAACAACGAGUCCAUCGUGGUGAUAGAGAGUACGGUCGCAGUUGGGAUGACGAGGAAGUUCCUUGGACCACUGGCUGCAUCGCGCGGUAUCCUUGCCGGAAUGUCACCAGAGAGGAUUGACCCUGGCCGAGUUGAACCCCCUCCUAGAUCGAUUCCCAAAGUCGUCUCUGGACUUGACGACAUCGUUCCAGGCUCGCUGGAUGCUAUCACACGAUUGUACGAGACAGUGUUCGACACCGUCAUACCAGUCAGCAAACCCGAGGUCGCAGAAAUGUCAAAGCUGUACGAGAACUGUCAAAGGACCAUAGCCAUCGCCUACGCGAACGAGAUGGCAGACGCCUGUCAGGGUUUGGGAAUCGAUCCUUUCGAGGUGGCACACACCGCCGCAAGCAAGCCCUUUGGAUAUCUGCCUAUGUAUCCCUCACUAGGCAUUGGCGGUCAUUGCAUACCCGUAAAUCCGAUAUACUUCAUGUCGACUUGCAGUCUUCCAUUCCUCCAGCAAGCUCAUGAACGAACCAUAUCACGUCCUUCGCGCAUCGCCAGCCAGCUUCUCAUUUCGUUACUGGAAAACACCCAGCGCAAGCACGGUGCGACACGCCGACCCAGUCUUCUCGUAGUAGGAGUCGGAUUCAAGUCUGGCCAGUCGGAUCUAUCCAAUUCGCCCGGAUUGCAAUUACUCAACUACAUGCGCCAAUCUGGCGAAGUAGACCUGAUGUUCUGCGAUCCUUUGGUAAACCAGGAGACCAUACCUGAGGGCUACCGUAUGUCUGAUUCGAAUCAUCUUGGCGUACCGAUGUGCCUCGAAGAGUUUGGACUAGCAUGUGAUGGCUCUAAAUGGCCACCGGGAUUUAACACGUCAGCUACUCCAAGGCCAAGGCUUGGAGAUGUUCCGUAUGGGAAGAAGUUCAGAAGUUGCACAGUGGAGAAUACACUCGCGCUUACGUACGACGAUGGCCCUUCACAAUGGACCCCCGAUUUGCUUGACAUACUGAAGGAGCAUGAUGCCAAGGCAACCUUUUUCGUCUCAGGCAUCAAGCUAUAUGAUGACUUGGUCAAUCAUCGCAGCGAAAAGACCCCUGCGAUUAUAAGAAGAAUGUACAAUGAAGGACACCAGAUUGCGGGACAUACUUGGUCCCACCCAGACAUGGACCAGCUGGAUUCGCAACAGCGGAGACAUGAACUGAUAAAAGGAGAGAUUGGGUUCGUCGACAUCUUGGGUUUCUUCCCAACGUACAUGCGCCCACCCUACAACAUUUGCGGGGCCGAAUGCCAGACCGACGUCGGAGAGCUCGGAUAUCAUGUGACUUCGAAUGAUAUCGAGGGCCGAGAUUGGGCAGGUAACUAUACCUUCUCCGAAGAACAUUUUAUGGCAAAAAUUACGAGUAAGGGUAACCGUCAGGGAGUCCGCGCCUGGAUGGGCUUAGCGCAUGAUACUCACAAUCAAUCGGUGUAUCGCUGGACGCCAUUCAUGAUCAAAAACGCGAAGGAGUGUGGGUUCAAGCUGGUGACAGCGGGCGAGUGCUUGAACGAUCCAGAAGAGAAUUGGUAUCGGAAUCCUUUGACGGGUGAAGCGGUUCGUGACCUGCCUCUCAAGGGUACGCUGUAA